AUGUCGAAGCGGCCUACGAGCUCCAACGGAGGUGCAGGGAAGGAUGCGGGACCCUCCAGCCAGCCCGCAGUGGAUAAACAGAAAAGACUCUUGUCCGCAGAUGUCGGGCAUUUCUCUCUUGUCAGGGCUCUUCAUCUAGCUGAUCUCAUUACCCUUCUCAAUGGCUUCUGCGGAACCAUGUCGAUUUUCUCUUCCCUGCGAUACGCGCUUGGCGACCCUGCAUCCGUUGACCACCUAUGGGUGGCUUUGAUUUUCCUCCCGUUCGGCUUCUUCUUUGAUGCGUUUGAUGGCAAAGUGGCAAGAUGGCGGAAGAAGAGUAGUCUUAUGGGCCAAGAGCUUGACUCACUUGCUGAUUUGAUAUCAUUCGGAGUUGCACCAGCCAUGGUGGCCUUCUCGAUUGGCCUCCGAUCCGUUGUCGACACGGUUGGGUUGACCUUUUUCGUGCUUUGCGGUCUCACCCGCCUUGCUCGUUUCAAUGUCACCGCCGCGACCCUCCCCAAAGAUGCGAGCGGCAAGAGCAAGUACUUUGAGGGCACACCUAUUCCCACCUCUCUUGCUGUUGAUGGUCUUAUGGCUUACUGGCUCCACCGCCACUGGAUCCUGCAUGAUCUUCCAUUUGGUGUGCUUGCCGAGGGUUCGGUCUUCGAAUUCCAUCCUGCGGCUCUUAUCUUCGUGGUACAUGGAUGCUUGAUGACAAGCCGGACGAUUCGCAUACCAAAGCCUUAA